AGAAAAUAUUCGCAAAAAUGAGUCGACAUUUCAAUAAUUAUCAAUUAUUGAUAUUUUGCUUUUUACUGCUAACUAUUUUUUAUGUUCAAUGUAAAGACAAACAUGAAGUCAAAGCUCGGGACAGUAGUGCCAGCGAUAAUCUCAUUGUUUCCGUCAUCAAUGGUGUCAUCAAAUUAAAAGACAGUGAUUUCUUCAGAUCUAAUAUUGAAGCAUCUGUAAGAUCGGUGUUCAGUAAACCUUUGACUUCAGCUGUAUAUGCAGUGUCUGUAUUGGCCGGAGUGGUAGCUAUGCUUGCAUUUUAUGAAUCGCCCGUAUCACCAAUGCCAGUUCCUCCGUUACCUGAUCCACCAGUCGGGCGUUUUCCACCGGAACACCCAAUAUGGCCGCCACCACAUCGCGAACCAAUAGCGUCUGACAAGAAGAGGAUUGGAGCUGUUCCGCAAUAUUCAAUGCCAAACCCAAACCCUCACAUAUCGUCAAAUGUAAUGUUUCCUCAAACAAACCAAAAAUAUUCAGAUAUGGAUAACGGCGGUAAUGCCGGCGCUUAUCAACAGAUGGUUAAUAUGUUGGAGAAUAGGAAUUCAAAAGUAAAUGUCAAACAAAACAGAAUUAGUAGUAAUCCGGUGGCAGAGAUCUCGCCUCAGGUUUACUCGUCAUUUGCUGUCGAAACGGAUCCCAAAGUAUUGAACGAUACAAUCAAACUCCAGAAUCUUUACGCUGACAUCACUUCCGAUGACAGAUACGAUUCGGCGGAUAUUAUCAACAAAUUUUAUAAUCAAAACACUUUCGAUAAGAUCAAGGAAUUCACAGGAAUGAAGAAAGUGUCCACUUCUGAGACAUUCAAAGAUAAAGAGAAAAUGAAUUACACUUUAGUGGCGACCAGUGAUUCAAAUGCAAGCAAAAGAACUAAGAAUUAA